CAAUAUUUUGCAUUUUUUUCCGAGAGUUCGCAGAAGAAAAAAAUCGAACGGAACGACUUCUUGAUUUUGCUAGAAAUUAUUCAACUUUUCUACCAGUAAUCAAUUCCGUACGGUUCCGAAAGUGUUUUCACCGGGUGGGGCCCAGGCCCAACAGUGUGGAAAAUGUGCCAUGGUCACCGAAUAUCGGUCCGGGCGUAAAUAAAGUGAAAAUUAUUGAGGAAGUUUUUUCCACCACAAAGGCUGCUCAGCUUUCGAGAGGUGAAAAAUCGAUAGUGGUUCCUUUUUUUCACUGGCUGACGGUGUAAAUUUCUCCGAUACGUAAAACUCUUACAAAUAUGGAAGUUUUGAAGCCAGAGAACCCGGAAGCACUUCGAGGUGCUAACAAUAACCUCGCGGUGGGAAGUGGGGACAAACUGGAGGAUGGUUGCACUGCGGUAGAUCCGAUCAAGGCGAUGACCAGCAGCAUAGCGAGCCUGCUAGACGAUACUACACCGAGCGAUUCCGGCGUGCAGUUGCUGGAUUCCGAAUCUAGCAGCGGCCUCAAUGAAUCAAUGAUGUCCAGCACUGGAGGGUUCGAGUUCGAGGUGAAUAAUCUACAGAACAAUAACAACAACAACAACAAGAUUAGCCUUGAGAGUCCAGUUCAGGAAGAAAUAGGACGGUUCGUUGAAAUCGAUAUUCAAAACGAUGGUGCAGCCGCCCUGGUUUUGGAACAGUUAGACCCAGCGGAAAUAGAACAAGCCAUGACGAGCAGCCAGCUUCCGGAUGAAAUGAUUUCCAGCACCUGUUCAACCUUCGAUACGGAAAAUAUUGUCUACAGGCGGAAGGUUAAGAAAACGCCUCAAUCACAAAGCAAAACUCCCAAGAAGCGGGUGUCUUUCCAUGAGGACAUUCUCAAAAAUACCAAAACCGAUAACAUUCACAUCGAGCACGGAUUUAUCACGUACAAAAAGGCUGGCGCGAAUAAGGCUAAACCGGGUGGUCCUGGACAGGGCCGAUAUUCCUGGUGUUCGGAGUACGGUGGCGGAGAUGGGGAUCAUGACGAUGGCUUCGAUUAUGGUGACGACGGAGAGGAUGGCGAGAAUAGACAGUACGUCUAUCGGAAUGCUUGCUCCGAUGUGCUCGAUUAUGGAAAAACGGACGUUUUCGAGAACAUUGAAGACGAAAAAAACUACGUCAAGUACGACAACUCGGGUAUCUUCGAGUACGGACCACCGGAGAAGCGUAACGCGCAAUUGCAGUUGAAGCAGAAAGAUGGGAAGGAAUUUUACAAGUGCAGCUGUUCGGAUUCAAACUCUAGUUUGGAUUCCGGGAGCAGCAACGAUGAAGGGGCCAAAGGCAACUAUAAACAAGCCAAGUCCAACAGCUGCGAGUGCAUAGGACACGAUGGAGCUGGCGGUCGAUCCGGUGGGAACAAUAAUAACAUAAUCAUAUCCGACAAUUGUUACUAUAGCGAGCCGAAUAUUGAACAUUUGGACGCGUACAAUGGAAAUAACGUGGGGGGAGAAAGGGUCGUCAAAUCGGUUUGGAGCAAGGAAAAGAAACCAAAGAGUAGCUGCUUGAAGAAGACUAAACGGAACCAGAUGUACACCGAUAUUGUGGUACCGGAAUACGAUUUAAGCAAAAAGGUGAAAAAAUUCAACGUUCACCAGCGAUUGUCGGUUAUCGAUAAUAGCAAAAUGAUCUUCGGAUCGUUGAAAGACAUUUUCGGAAUAUCGCUUCCAGAACGUGGAGUUCCGGAAGGGUCAGAGGACUCUUCGACAGUUCGAGAAUGUAUCCCGGAGUCAAAUGAACAAAUGAUUGAUGACUUCACGGUGGUACAGAAACCUAAAAACUUUCUUUCAAAAAGUUUGGACGGUGGAUUUAACAGUAAUAAACCAGCUGGUGUCAAGAAAUACGUACACAAUGUGGAUGAACAGCUGAGGAGGAAGAACGAUGAAGAUUUGUUUGCUCCAAGUCGGAAGAACAGCGUUGAGGAUGAACAGGAAGAGCAGCAGAACCAAAAGAAGCAAUAUCCGUUGGAUUUGCCCCUAGAUGAGAGUCAGCAACCGAAAGCUCCAUACAGAAAUAAAUUUAUAGUCAACGGAGAGAGUACGGUGUUUGAGCAUACUGGAGUGUCUUACUGUUUCGAGGAUGAAGAAGGCAAAUCACUGGACGAUGAAUCGAGUAUCGGUAGUCAGAAAGAUUUGCCAAUCGGUGAAUCCACCAGCGGAUCGUUUAUAGGAAAAACCCAAAUCAAGAAGAAGCUAUCUAACAUAUUUCAAAAGAUAAACGUAAUCGGUUCGAACGCAACUACACCUUCGCCAUCGACUCUAACAGCCCCUCCUCCCUUGCUUCGUCAGUUUGGAGAUGGGCUGGAAGGAGCAGAGGGUCGGGUGCAAUCGCGCAAAGCUUCUACCGAUGAAUUGGAUGGAUCUGUUUUUGAAAAAGGCCAAAAUCGCAUGGAAAGUAGCACAAUCUCGUCAGCCGGAAGCGACCACAGCUCCUCUAUUCUUUCAGAUAGCAAGGAAUCGAAGGGAGCUCACCAGCCGCAACCAUCGAUUGGUAGCAUAAAUUCUCCCAGGGGAUCCAUCAGCAAGAACCGGCACCUUUCAUCCCCUGCACGUAAAAAAUCUCUUACCACUCGGAUGGAAUCCCGUGGGGCUCGCAUGAGUCCGGAUUUGUUCGGCGGUGGAUUUGUUGCGCCAGUCCAACGGCAUCUCAACAUCGUAGACCGGCAAUUAUUGUCGGAAGAAUUCGACGAUAUUCUUACAGUUACCACCACAACUACCAACGAUACCGAUAAAGAAGGCAGCGACAUUGUCAUUUUGGACUAUCCAUCUACUUCGAGCACUCCAACACCGCAGCUUCUGGAAGAGGAACAUCCGGCGGAAAAGAUGCCGUUCCCCAUGCCACCACCAAGUGGUAGACGGUUCCAUAACCCAAUGACCACAUCGCAGAGCUCAAAUUCGUCUUCUAAAAGUUCGCUCAUUAAUCGGUUUCUGCGAAACGUAACUCAAAAAAAGAUCCUAGAAGCAAAUGAGGAGGACCGACUGGAAGCUGAUUCCGGGCGCUACUUUGAGACCCAUCAACAACAGAAGUAUCCGGCAACAAUAAGGAUCAAGGACGACAUGUACAUAUCGCGCGAUUCUCAGAAUCAACCGCCAGUAUUCAACAUCAUCAUUACCAGCAUCCAGUAG